AUCUAAUUUGUUGGGUUUUAUAUAUUUUCUUCUCGCCGGCGUCGGGACUCCCCUUCAUCUCUUCUACUCUUCUUCAUCUACACAGUUUACUCAACAUUUCUUCUCCUGCUGUUCCCGACUGUUCUCUCUCUGUGGUGUGGCGGAAGAAGCUUGUGGGGAUCCCGAAGACGUUUGAAUCGACGCAUGGAACCAGCUCUGACGAUGUCUCUAUCCUUCUGGUUAAUCGUUUCAGCGGCGUUAAACCAUGUGUCUUCCUCUUCCAUCGUGCCUAUCUGCCUCUCGAGUGUUGACCCCGAGGAAACUGGAUCUGUUCAAUGUCGAGUAGCCUUCGCAGCCAGCUUCUUCAAAUCGCCUUGGGAGCCUCUGGCUCAACCGACGAGCUUUUCUCUUCUAUCUCUGGGAAGUCGUGAGAUCAGUAGAAGAUCUGACUGCAGAAAACCCUCUCCGCCGUGUCUAAUCUCUUCAUCAGUAGACCGGAGAUCCAAACCGACGACUCUCCUCUCACCGGAUCCUGCAUGUCCGCUCGCCCACCGUCGCUCUUCACCCACCACAACGAGCCGCACUGUUCAUCGAGCCUCGUACACAGCUUUCUCCGGCGAGAAGUUCAAGAACGGCGCCUUUUGCAGCUCUGCCCCCAACAAAAUCCUAAUCCCUUGUUGGAUAUGGGCUUUACGUGUUGGAAUGGGCCUUAGCCCAUCAUUCAGAAGCAAAUUGGCUUUUAGGUCAUGGGGUCUCAUACCCCAUAGCCCACUCUCUCCUACGGUGUACCAGGCCCACAUCUCCAGACCGGUUUCUCUUCAACCCUACGCUCCUCAUCCUUGGUUCGUUCCAAGUUGGCCAACCGGUUUGUCACACAGGAAGCACGUCACUAGGUUUGAGGCUCGUUUUGAUAAAGAAAUUACAAAUCAUUCUAUGCAAUCGCCACAUCCAAGUCUCCAAUCUGAAAAUCCCGACUCUAGCUCUUUCAAUCUAAGCUUGUCUGAGUUUGACGACUGGCAAUUUGGAGUUAGUUCUGCCAAACCUUCAUGGUUCCUUCACGGUAAUGCUGGAACUAGAAGCUCUUGUCUUUACUCAUUACUCGUCCUUGCUUUAGAAGUUCUCGGCAAGCCUCAAUACAAUUUCAAUGUCGUGGUUUUAGUCAUCUACUCGUUACUGGAUUCACAUAGUCCAUCUAUUCUAGUCAAUGUCAAAUCAAGUCAAGUAGGACUUCGCGGUCAUGGAGCUUCUCACCAAAAGCUCUUGUCGGUCAUCAUUCCAACCGUUUCUCACAGGUGUAUCAACGUCAUUUUCGACUAUCAGUUCCUUGGAACAAUCGCUUUAGGGAAUAAGAUGAAGUUUCUCCAUGGGUUUCUUCAUACUGCUGAGCUUGACUCGCCCCAUAAAAGCUCUAUCUUUCUAUGUUUUGUAAUGCUUUCUAUUUUCGUCCUAAUGUUGAGCAUGUCUCCGGGAUCUUCUACUUCGAUUGUAAACUUUGUUGCUCAGUGAGCUUCUUAUAAUACAAGUUUGUGACAAAAAAAUAUAUAUAUCUUCUUUUAAAUGUUUUUUUUUCUACGUAAGGGCAUCUUUAACCCAAGUGCUUAUGGAAGGGGUGCUUAACAAAAAAUAAUAUAAUAGUAGGUGGGUUCCAGGGUUGGAUCCACAAAAUUUUAAGCACCAGCUC